AUGCUCCGCAACGCUACGAAAUCCGGGCUGAAGAUGGCCUCCCGCCGAAGCCAAAGUGCCACCGCCGCUGCAGCCCCACCACCACCGCCCACCAAUUCACCGCCCGGUAAUGGCGGUGCUCUAAAAUUGCUUCUUGGAGGAGCUGCCGUGGCGACUGCAGGAUAUAUGGGAUAUCAAUAUUUCAGGCCAGCCCCUGCUUCCACGCCGGUGAGCAUGAGUGUCGGAAAAGCAAAAGACGCCUACGACACGUUGAUGGACAAGAAGGAAGGAUUAGUGCCACCAAAGGAGCAAACAGAAGAUCACUUGGCGCACCCGCGACGAGAAGGCGAGGGAAAGAGGGUC